UAUAAAUAAGGCAGUGAAAAAAAACUUCCCAAAUCCAGGUGCAUUGAGUUUGAAAAUGGCGGGAGCUCUGGUACCAAUAUCGAGCGGCGAACGGCGGGAAUGGGAGGUGCAAUACUCUCGCUUCUUCAACCCUCCUUCUCUCUCCUCCUCCUCCUCUACUUGUUCCUCUCUCUCUCUUCUCUCCAAUGGCAAACGAAAUCGCUCGAGAGGCACCUGGAUCUCUUCAUCCUCUUCCACCGCCUCUCUCAAACUACUCGCCGAUCGGUCCACUUCCAAUCUCAUCCUCAUCGUCACUUUCCGAGAAAAAAUAUGUGAAAGGCACUACAUUUCCAAGCUGCAUUUCUCCUGGCCUCAGGUGUGCUGUUUAUAUGGAUUUCCAGCCAGAGGUAGCAGAGCUAUUUUUGUCACCUAUAAUGAUGGUGUAGGCCAGAUCCAGAAGUUUGCUAUACGGUUUUUGUCAAUACACGAAUCAGAAAAAUUUGUGAAUUCUUUGAAGGAGAUCUUGGAGGAUGAAAGGGUUGGUGGGCUUCCAUCUGGUGGCAUUGAAUAUGAAAUUUCAUCUCAAUCUGAGUUUGUCCCUUCUAAUGAACCCGCACAUAGAUCUAGGGAGGAUUGGAAUUUUAAGAAUUCUCUUGACACUUCUACCCAUGAGAUGCCACCAGGCUUGAACUGUGGAGUUGCCCAAGACUCAAAUUCCCAGGAAACCAAACCUAAUAGGGAUGCUGAGCGCAUUUUUUCUGCCUUGCCUCCCAGCUUCAUGUCAUUAUUGAGCAACUGUCACACUGAGAGCAACUGUCACACUGAGCUCAAACAAGUUGCAGCACAACCAACUAUAACUGGGGAAGUUGAUCUCAAAUACCAAAUCAUGAAAUAUAUGGAAGAUUCCUCUUUCCUAGAUAUGCUGAGCAACGUAGAAAAAGUUAUCAGUGAUAUUGGAGGUGAUUUGACACUCUAAUUGUGGGUCACUUGGCAUCCGUGAGCUCGUGAUCUUAUUGACAAGUAACACCAGCUAUGUUCAUUAUAGAAUGAUACCCCUUUUUUCCCCCUAUUUUUUGUAAUUGCUGUUGUAGGAUUCAUGACAAGAGUUUUGAUUCCAAAAUGCAUUAUAUAAACAUAAACUCUGUUCUCCACAAGACUUGGUGUGUAUGAUAUU